CUUCGAUCUAGCGCUCCGCCAAGAUAAUCGUAUCGAGUACAAUUUUAUUGUAAUCCGCGAAAGAAGAGAGAGAGAGAGAGAGAUAGAGAUAGAGAUAGAGAUGGAGAUGGAGCAUGAGGAAGUCGAGAUUGAAAGGCUCGAGUUUUCCGUAUCGCGCAGCGCAGCGGCGACGCGUACCAAAGGAUGACUCACCCUUUCCCGCUCGCGCGGCCGAGAGAAGAGCGCCGCGAGGUUAAACUGUAAUCGUGUUAUAUAUCGACGCGGCGUUCCUUCUCGCUCGUCAUCGUCAUCGUCAUCAUCGUUACCGCCGUCGUCGCGAAUGGCGCCUUCCCGCUCUCGCGACGCUCGCUCGCUCGCUCGUUCGUGUUCGCUCGUUCGGCACGAAUGUUUACGCGAAUUCGGGCGCGACUACGCACGACUCGCUUCGCCCAUCGCUUUCGUGGCACGGCUGGUUUUUCGAGGUUAAACGUUAGACGAUAACACGUUUCGCUCCAGUAUCUCGGAUCGCGGAUGGCGCAACGGCCACCGCCGCCGUCGCGUAUUGUUGAUCGCGACGGCCUGAGCCCCCGUCGGAGUCGAGAGUCACGCACGCAGCACGGGAUCGCGCUCCUUUAGACGCGCACUCCCGAGGACCGAGGGCCCGAGGCGAGAUCGUGGAGAGACCAAAAGUACAUCUUCCCGCGAUGUUACAACAAUAUGGAUGAAAAAUGAAGUAUGUCAGACACGUUUAAUUAAUAUUCUUCAGUGAACGAAGAUGAAUAGUGAGCAGCAUGCAUUGCCAGCGACUACGCAGGCACAACAAGAGGAUGUAAACGCGGGUCAAAGUGGUCGUCCUUCAUACCCAGGUGGCUUGGCUACUGCGACCGCGAGUCUUGGCAAUGUAGGGAGUACUCCCCAUUCAUCCGCGGACCUGCGUGUAGGUACUGCCGUAGCGUUAGCCUCCUCGGUAGCCUCCUCGGUAGCUAAGUAUUGGGUCCUCACCAAUCUGUUUUCUCCCGGACUGCAACCUCAAGUCUCAGUCUACCACCAUUCCCACCAUAACUCCUCGCAUAGGAGUGGUGGCGGUGGGGAGGCAUCAUCCUCCAAAGAGCCAGCCUCUUCACUGAACCAGGAAAUGGCGUUGACUUCCAGCUCGCAUCAUCAGCAACAGUCAACAGCCGCGCAUCAUCAUCAUCAGCCUUCAGUUAGCAGCAGCAGCAGCAGCAGCCACCACAGUUCUCUACAGUCGAAUCCACAGAUUCCUGUAUCUCUUCCCGGCCUUAAUUUAGACGGCGCACACAUACCAGCGAGUGUUAGUCAUCUGGCUGCACAUGCACAAAUGCAACAACAAAUGCAGGCGCAAGCACAGCAGCAGCUGCACCAGCAGCAACAGCAACAACCGCCGCAGCAGCAGCAACAGCAGCAGCAGUCUCAUCACCAGAUGUCGAAUCAUCAGAAUGCUCAGAACAAUGGACCGACGGCGCACAGCCAGAGCGCGCAGCGGGACGACAACAAAGUCAAGGACGAGGGCGGUAGUUGCACCACCGAACGCUGCAGCGACAAUCAGGUUCACUGUCAAGUUCAAUGCGAUCUGCAAUUACAACCUCCCCAAGAUCUUCAACAGAGCUUGAUGCAACAGCAGCAGCAGCAACAACAGCAGCAGCAGCAACAGCAGCAGAUCGGGGUUAACAUCAGCGGUAACUCCACCACCGAGGGGGGAAGCCAGAACAACUCCGAGAAGCCCGAGAAAGAGAAGGAAUUGCGGCAACUAAAUAUGACCCAAUUCCAAGUUCCUGACUUGAAACCAGGAGGGCACAUGAUGGAUGUAAGGACAGCAGACGGAUCAGUCGUCAAAAUCAGCGCGGGAAACGAGCAAGAUUUAGCCAAAACUCUCGGCGUCGAAAUGGUGCAAAAUAUGUACAAGGUUAAUGUUGAGGAUAUUAACCAACUCUUGGCGUAUCACGAGGUCUUUGGGAAGCUGCAAAGCGAGAUUGCAGCUGGAACGACUUUAGUGGGCAGCACUGUGCCUACACAGACAGUUACCACAAUACAGAACGGCACGCCGAUUGUGCAGCAAGUGCAACUGAAUAAAUUUGACAUAAAAUCGAGCGAUGGUGAAGCGACGCCUGGCCCGAGCGCAUCGCCCGUCUCGGUUGGCAGCCAUGCUUGUGAGAUAUGCGGAAAGAUCUUCCAAUUUCGUUAUCAGCUUAUUGUACAUCGCAGAUAUCACACUGAGAGAAAGCCAUUCACGUGUCAGGUAUGUGGCAAAGCGUUCUCGAACGCGAACGAUCUGACACGUCAUGGCAAAUGUCAUCUAGGUGGAUCCAUGUUCACCUGUACAGUUUGCUUCCAUGUCUUUGCAAACGCACCUUCGCUAGAACGUCAUAUGAAAAGACAUGCAACCGACAAACCAUACAAUUGCACAGUCUGCGGUAAGAGCUUCGCGCGUAAAGAACAUUUGGAUAAUCACACAAGAUGUCACACUGGCGAAACGCCAUACAGAUGCCAAUAUUGCUCGAAGACAUUUACCCGAAAAGAACAUAUGGUAAACCACGUUCGCAAACACACUGGUGAGACCCCACAUCGAUGUGAUAUUUGCAAGAAGAGCUUUACUCGCAAAGAACACUUUAUGAACCAUGUUAUGUGGCAUACAGGAGAAACCCCUCAUCAUUGUCAAGCUUGCGGCAAGAAGUAUACGCGCAAAGAGCAUCUCGCUAACCAUAUGCGCUCGCACACAAACGACACACCGUUCCGUUGUGAGAUAUGCGGUAAGUCGUUUACGAGGAAGGAGCACUUCACGAACCACAUAAUGUGGCACACGGGCGAGACGCCGCACCGCUGUGACUUCUGCUCGAAGACGUUCACGCGAAAGGAACACCUCCUGAACCACGUUCGCCAGCACACGGGUGAGUCUCCACACCGAUGCGGCUUCUGCUCCAAAUCGUUCACCAGAAAGGAACACCUUGUUAACCACAUCCGCCAACACACAGGUGAGAGCGGUUGGCAGAUGUUCACUUCACGGGCAACCGAUAUAAUCGUUGUUAAGAGUACCUCUAUUAAGAGUAGUUGUAUUGAUAUUUAUCAUAUCCCAUUCUUAACUCUGUUACAGGAGCAUCUCGUGAAUCACAUGCGUUGCCAUACUGGUGAACGUCCAUUCGUGUGCACAGAAUGUGGCAAGAGUUUCCCGCUGAAGGGCAAUCUCCUCUUCCAUAUGCGCUCGCACAACAAGGGCAGCAACGCCGAGAGGCCGUUUCGCUGCGACCUGUGCCCCAAAGAUUUCAUGUGCAAAGGACACUUAGUCUCGCACCGGCGCUCCCACUCGGACGAGCGGCCGCACAGUUGCCCGGAUUGUGGCAAGACCUUCGUUGAGAAGGGCAACAUGUUGCGACACUUGCGCAAGCACGCGGCUGAAGGCCCGCCGACUCAAGUUAGCACACCAUCGGCCAUACCGCAAUCCGGUGUUCUGCCGAUACCGGCAGCGGCGGCGGUCCUGGUCGGACAUCCACUAGCACCACCGGCGCCGCCUGUAGUGCCACAACACACGGUGGUUGUACCGACACCGCCCGGUGUAUUGACGUCGUACUAGAUCAAGGAGAUGGAAUAUAAAGGAAUAAUGGGAACGAAAGAGAAAAAUGAGAAAAACAAGAGGAGGGGAGGAAAUAACUUCUCUGAAGAGAAGAUAGAAGAUGAUAUAUGCUGUGUAUACUUAAUAUACGACUAAAAAAA